AUGGCGACAAAUUACCAUAAUCAUAAUAGUCACCAACAACGAACUAUAAGGGCUCCCAAAGCUUGCUUCUCCUUUGCAGCAUAUGCAAAAACUGUGAUCACAUCGCUCAAAAAAUCGGAUGUUCACGUGGCACCCGGUCUCACUAACAAUGAAAUCUCUAAUGUGGAAUCUGCAGGAGGUUUCACAUUUCCUCCGGACCUUCGUUCAAUCCUUUAUGAGGGCAUUCCGGUGGGGCCAGGAUUCCCAAACUGGCGUUCCUCCUCCCACCAUCAACUUCGUCUCCUCACCUCCCUUCCAAUUCUCUCUCUUAUCCAGGAAGUUUCGAGAAACAACUUUUGGGUUCCAUCUUGGGGCCCAUAUCCUAAUAAUAAGGAGGAGGCCCACUACGUAGCGAAACAAUUCCUAAAAUGUGCUCCACCUCUAGUUCCUGUUUUCCGACAUUGUUAUAUCCCAACCGAACCCAAUUUAGCUGGAAAUCCGGUGUUCUAUGUGCAUGGAGGGGAUGUGAGAUUGUUAAGCGUUGAUGUUGGAGGAUUUUUUAAAGAGACAGAGUUUUGGAGGAAGGGGUGGGUUUGGACGAGAAGUACAAGGGACAAAAAUGCGAUUCCAGCAUGGGCUCAAAGAACGAGACGCAUCACAUUGUGGACAGAGGCAAUAGAGCGUGAACGCACAUGUCGGAAAUGGUGGACAGGGGAAUUGGGUGGGUGCAUUGAGGAGGUGAUGUGGAGGUUAAGGGAGGGUGGGUGGGCAGAGGAGGAUGUGAGAGAGAUGAUGAUGAUGAACGAUUGUAAUGAGGAUGUGAGACCUAAUUGGGAAGUAGUAGGUAUGGGAGUGGAAAUUGAAGGUGUGAGGAAUCAUGAAGGUGUAGUCAGGCAUGUGCGAAAGUUGUCACGAGAAUUGCUCAAAGGUGGUUGGAGUAUCGACGAUGUCAUUUAUUCGUUUAGUAAUUGUGGAGAAAUAGAAAGUGGGAUCCUUGAUGGGGAGGCUUGGGUGGAGUUUAGAUCUCGGUCGUUAAAUUUGAUGGAGCUCCGAGAUGAAUGCGCAAGUUCAUCCAUUUGA